AUGCCGAUUAUGAUAAUCAUCGUGAAAGACGCCUCCACGAAGAUCGGCGCCGCUAAGAUGACCAGCGCGGGCACCAACGCCACGAAAAUUAUCGGCACAAGAAGGGCUUUCAACACUUCCACGAAGAUCGGCACCAGCGCGAACAGGAUCAGAAGGAACGGCCAUAACCUCAAUAUCAGAGCUUCCACGAACAUCAACACCACCACCACCACAAUGACCGGCAUUUGCAUCUUCACGAAUACUGGCACCUGCACGAUGAUCGUCCUCGGCACCUCCACGAUGUUGAACGGCCCUCGCAGCGGGGUCGGCGCCACCACGAGGAUCGGCAUCACGAAGAUAGCCAGCGAGUACCUCCACGGAGAUCGGCACCAACACCUCCAGGAUCAUUACCAGGACAAGCACCCCCAGGAGGAGCGGCGCCGCCACGAGGGUCAGCGUGGGCACUUCCAGGAAAACCAGGCAGAGCAGGGAUAA